CUGUCUGUCCGGCCCACAGUGAGACUCCACCGCAGCCUCAAGUACUUUUUGAGAGUUCAAGGUUUUGCUUUCGUGACAGCUCGGCUGGCACAAACGCUGGAUAGAAAAGGGCUGGAAGACGUGUUACCGCGACGGAAAGCCUCGUCAUUAACGACAAGAUGUUGAACAUGUGGAAAGUUAGAGAACUGGUUGAUAAAGCAACCAAUGUUGUCAUGAACUAUUCAGAAGUUGAAUCUAAGGUUAGAGAGGCCACAAAUGAUGACCCGUGGGGACCCUCAGGCCAACUAAUGGGAGAGAUAGCCAAAGCCACUUUUAUGUAUGAGCAGUUUCCAGAAGUGAUGAACAUGCUGUGGUACCGAAUGCUCAAAGACAACAAGAAAAACUGGAGAAGAGUUUACAAGUCUUUGCUGCUGCUGGCUUACCUGGUCCGAAAUGGAUCUGAGCGGGUGGUCACCAGUGCGAGAGAGCACCUGUAUGACCUGCGCUCCAUUGAGAGCUAUCACUUCGUAGAUGAGAAUGGAAAAGACCAAGGCAUCAAUGUGCGGCAGAAGGUGAAAGAGAUGGUGGAGUUUGUACAGGACGAUGACCGACUCAGAGAGGAGAGGAAGAAGGCCAAGAAAAACAGGGACAAAUACAUUGGUGUGUCCUCUGAUAGCAUGGGGGGCUUCAGAUAUGGAGACAAGUUUGACUCACGCUCAAAGUGGGACGAUGACUGGGAAGGCAAUAAAGGGGCUUUCCCCUUCAGUGAGAAACUGGGAGAGAUCAGUGACAAGAUCGGCAGCACCAUCGACGACACAAUCAACAAGUUCCGCAAGAAAGACAGAGAUGACUCGCCAGACAGAUUCAGUGAGAAUGAGGAGGACAGGCAAGGGGCACGGAAUGGGCAAUCUGGCAAGACUGAGUUCAAAGACGAAGAGGAGACAGUGACAACCAAAAGUGUUCAGAUCGUUCAGGCCACAGAGACCACUGCCACUCGAAAGCGAGGGGGCAUCCCCUCAAAAACCAUAGACCUGGGGGCAGCCGCCCAUUACACCGGAGAUAAGUCUGCCACUAAUGUAAACAGCAGCAAGACAACUGACUCAGGUGCCAGCCAACCCAGUGGUGGUCUUGUGGACUUGUUCAUGGCAGAUCCUGUACCUACACAGCCUGUCUCUACAGGUUUAAGCUCAGACCUAAUUGGAGGCUUUGCUGAUUUCUCUUCACCUGCAGCUACAGCCAGUCUUCCUUCAACAACUGCCUCAGCAUCCAGUGGUAAUGGGGAAUUUGGGGACUGGAAUGCUUUCUCAGGAGCACAGCCCGCUGCACCUGCUGCUACGCCUGCAGGGACAGAACUGUUUGCAGGCCUGCAGACUGCCCCUGUUUCUGCCUCUGCUGCACCCUCUGCAGACCUCUUCGACCUCAUGGGCCCAUCUGUCACCACCAACAUCAGUGCGUCCCAAAGUAUGAACUUCUCCAUGAUCAGCACUCCGAACACGGGACUGCCCAUGUCCAAAUCUCAGCCUCUACAGAGUAUGGGGACUCCACUGGUACCCCAGCAGCCUGAGGUCCAAAAGCAAGAAGCCAAGCCUCCCAUUCCCUCCACCUGGUCUGAUUCCAACGUCAAUAUUAGCCUGGACUACCUGGGCCCCGGCAUGCAGCCUCCCAAGCCAUCUCAGCCCACGCUCAACAUGAUGCAGCAGCAAGGAGUCCCAGUCAAUAUGAUGACGCAGAGCUUUGCUGGCAUGAACCUCGGCAUGCAGCCCAGCCAAGCCCCCAUCCGACCCCUCACCAACCCCAUGAUGGGAAACAUGGGCAUGCAGUCUGGCCUUGCGGGAGGUGCUAUGGGUAUGGCUACCAUGGGAGGCAUGCCACUCAGUCAAGGCAUGAUGGGAAUGAACAUGAACGUGGGCAUGCCUACAGCCAGCAUGGGAAUGCAAGGCACCAUGGGGAUGGGGAUGUCAGUGCCAGUAAUGGGUAUGAGCUCUUCCAUGGUACCACCGAAACAAGACGCCUUUGCUGAUUUUGCCAAAUUUGGGAAAUGAACAGAAGAGCCAGAGCCUGUGUGCUAGGACAAUCUUUUCGGAAGGUGUGACUAUGAAGGAUUCCUUAUGAGCUACAAACAAAGAGUACUUGAAAGAUGUCGAUUACGGCCACCCACACUUCCUUGUUCCUCAAACAAUAGUAGAAAGGUUAAUAUGCUAUGCUCUUAUCAGUCUGGCCAAGGAGCCACAAUGAGAGUGGCAGGUUUGUUUUUUGUAUAAAUAAUUAGUGAUUACACAGGUUUCUUCCACUUUGAAUAUGACAUUGCUUUAAAUCUCAGAAUGGCAUAAAAGAAUGUGAUGACAAUGAGUAGCCUUAGUCAACUAUAUACUUAUCCCAUUUUCUCUCCUUAAUUUUAAUAUAAGCCCAGGCUAUUAGACUCUUUAGGUUUGGGUGAUCUUAUCAGAAGUUAUCCUGUGUCCUUGUCCAUCUUAUACAGAUUAACUUGUACCUUGUAAAUAUUGUUGCAAACAGACAAUAAGUUAUUUAAAUGCAAGAUUAUUAAUGAAUAAUAUUAAUAAUGAGGCCUUCUGACUGAUUUGAAUCAGUGCUGCCCGGUGGCGAGGCUGUUUGCUGUUUCAUCUUUAUACUUGUCAAAAUAUCCACACCGAUGUGCUGUGAAGUAGUUUUGAUCUGCGAAAAAGAAUGAGUGGAAAAUCGGACAAGAGCAACCAGCAUGGCCUUAGGGAUGGAUAUAUUUUUUAUAGAAAUCUGUUUUACAUCUAUAUGUAAAUGUAUGUCAGUUGAGCGCAGAGGCUGCGGUCAUUCAGUGUCCUUACACACACGGUGCCUAUCAACUUGCCUGUAUCUUUUUCGCUUAAAGAUUUCUUACCUAAGACAAUAUGAGAAUACAGUAUUUAUUACAGGUACUGUAGAAUAUCCAGUGGUGUAUAUGUGUGCACACUUUUAUUAUUUAUGUUUGUCCCCUCAUUUUCAGUGCAUGGCUAAUUUAUAUGGUGGUGACUAUAAUGUUUUGUUUUUUUUGUAGUAAACUAGGUCAUGGUGAGUGAUUUAUAUGAGACUGUCCUAAACAGAAUGAGGUUUGCCAUGCCAUACUGAUCUGCUCUGAGAGUGGAAUGUCAUAUCAUUAGGACCAUCACUGUGUUGUCAGGAGCAUCUGUUUCUUCUUCACUUUGCACUGACUUUAAUUACUAAAGCCUUCCAUGCCAUUCAGAAGCAUUAUAUACACACACAUGCACACACAAACAAAUGACCAAAUUCUGCCUUUUGUGCUCUUCUUUUUGUAAGGGACUGUUUGUUUUUCCUAGUCAGUAUGUAUGUUUGGUAGUGGUGAUGUAUGAGGGGUUAUGGAUCGUUACUGAGAAACACUAUACUUUUAUGCAAAUCUAAAACAACCAACAAAACGUCCCUCCUUUCUAAGUGUAUGUCUUCAGAUUCAUACACUGACUUGAUUGUACCCAUCAUGAUCUUUUAUGUAAAACAUAUUAAAGAGUUGAUUUUCA